AGCGAGAGCGAGAAAUGCAGAGGCAGCAGCCGCGGUAGCGGCGGCAGUGCUCCAGCAGCAGCGCGAGGCACUCCGCGCCCGGCGAGCGAGCGGCAGCCGCAGCGCACAGCGGCUCCGGGCUGCGCGGGGCGGGCGGCAGCGCGGCACAGGCACAGCGAGAGCGGCAGCGGCAGCACGCGGGAGCUCCAUCAUGGGAGGCAAACUGAGCAAGAAGAAGAAGGGAUACAGUGUCAAUGAUGAAAAAGCUAAAGACAAAGACAAGAAGGCUGAAGGAGCAGCAACUGAGGAAGAGGAGACUCCAAAGGAGGCUGAGGAUGCCCAGCAAACCACAGAGACCACAGAAGUGAAGGAGAACAACAAAGAGGAGAAGGUCGAGAAGGAUGCUCAGGUUGCUGCCAAUAAGACAGAAGAAAAAGAAGGAGAGAAAGAGAAAACAGUGACCCAAGAAGAAACCCAGAAAGCAGAACCAGAGAAGUCAGAGGCUGUUGUUGAUGCGAAAGUAGAGCCACAGAAGAACACCGAACAGGCACCCAAGCAAGAGGAGCCAGCUGCAGCCUCUGCUCCUGCUGCCAGUAGCGAAGCACCCAAAACUUCUGAGCCUAGCAGCGAUGCAAAAGCUUCCCAGCCUUCAGAAGCCACAGCUCCCAGCAAAGCAGAUGACAAGAGCAAAGAGGAAGGGGAAGCCAAAAAGACUGAGGCUCCCGCAACGCCUGCAGCCCAAGAAACUAAAAGCGAAGUGGCCCCAGCUUCAGACUCAAAACCUAGCAGCAGCGAGGCUGCACCUUCUUCCAAGGAGACCGUAGCAGCCACAGCAGCACCUAGUUCCACUGCCAAGGCCUCGGACCCGUCAGCCCCACCAGAGGAAGCGAAACCUUCUGAAGCCCCAGCGACUAAUUCGGAUCAAACCAUAGCAGUGCAAGAUUAAAUUGGACAGCCUGUUGAAACAACCACUUAAAACAACCUGUGUCUUUUUUUUAUUUUUUCAGCUAUACUAACUCGUUUCAGAUCUGAAAUAACAAAAAGUAUUGCCCAGAAAGAGAAGGAAAAAAAGGAAAAAAUGAAAAGGAUGUCCCAUCAAGUUGGGAGGGAGGGAGGGGGGAGAAUCCAAAUAGUAUUUUUGUGGGGAAAUAUCUAAUAUACUUUCUGCCAACUUGACACAAGUUCUGGAUUAAAAAAAAAAAAAGUAAAAUAGAUGGAUGUCUGAAAGUACAGCACAUCUUUUGUAUCUGAACUGCUGUAAAUGCACUCCACCAAUGUAUCAAAAUCUUCUUUUUGUUCUGUAAUGGGGUUUGGGAGUGAUGCGUUUGAUUCUGCCCACUGGGUUUGUGCCAAGGCAAUCAGAUCUUUAUGAAAGCAGUAUUUUCUGUGGUUUUUUUAUUUACAGCCUUUCUUAUUUUGAUAUUUUUUUUAUGCAGUGGAUGAAUGCCAACUUUCAGACAAAACCCACUUAGCUGUCCACAUAUUUCUCAAUGCCAAUCCUCCAAUUCUUCCUCUCCAAAUAUUUUUUGGGAGUAAAAAGCAUUCUCAUCCUACUUAGCCUUCCUAGAUUUCUCAUGACGAGUUAAUGCAUGUCCGUGGUUGGGUGCACCUGUAGUUCUGUUUAUUGGUCAGUGGAAAUGAAAAGUCUGCGUUCAUUGCAGUUCCAGUUUCUCUUCCAUUCUGUGUCACAGACACCAACACACACUCAUUGGAAAACAAAUGAAAAAACAAAAUGUACAAUGGAUGCAUUGAAAUUAUAUGUAAUUGUAUAAAUGGUGCAACAGUAAUAAAAGUUAAAUAAUUUAAAAAAUA